UGAUUGUACUGAUAAUGAAUGAUAGAACCCAAGGAAUCACUUUGAUGUGCUGUGUUAGCAAUUCUCUGGUAAUGGAAGCAUAUUGCUGUGUACAGUUAUUAGUUUUUUUUCAUGUUUUACGUGGAGGAGUCAGCAGCAGAUCAGCUCUGCACCCGGUUUUGACAAGCAUCUGGCUUCUUGUAAUGGCAGUUGUGAAAGUAGAACUGGCUCACAGUGAUGUGCUCAGGAACGUGCUAGAAUGUUCUGAGGUGCUGUGCUGAGAUCAGAGCAUCUUGGUGAAUCAGGUCAGUUCAGGCUAAGCAGAAAACUUCUAACGUGAUAAAUCCACUGCUAAAUCUAACUACUGAUUUCCCCUGAGUAAAACCAGGAGCUCACCAUGAACAAAAGCUUAUAAAUAAGUUGCAUUUUUACUGUGUUCUGGUCAACAUCAAUCUAAUUGUGGUGGCAUGCUCAUAUUUUUACUGAGUUAAUUAGGGAAAAAAAAAUACUAAUUAUUCUUGAUGUCCAAAACUGCAUUGGAAAAAUAAAAGGGGGAAUACUUUUCUUUCUGAAUGAAUAAGGUAGGAUGAUUAACAUUUAGGGACUUAUUCUAAUUGCCAUCUAGAUAUAAAGAAUAUUGAAAUCCUGAGUACUUCAAAUAUCUUAGUUUAGAACCUCAGACCUGUUUAUUUUUUGAAGUCUUGAUAUAAUAAUCUCAGACAGUUCUGAAAUUAUUUUUUUUCUCCAGAUGUUGUCAUUGUUCUGUAUUCCAUUUUACUUAUUUCUUUAACUUCUUUUACUUGUUUAUCUCUUUACAACAGAAGUCAAAGAAUUUGUUUGCUUAAACACUUAAGGUAGCUUUCCCUCUACUUAAACCCCCUCUUUCCUGUUGUAACAUCCUGCCAAAAUCAGGUUUUAAACUGCUACAGGUUUACUUCAUUUUGCUGUGAAGUUUUAUGGGUUUUUUCAUUAAUGGUUGUACUAGGUAAUAUAUGGAUACCUGAAUGUACCUACAUCCUAACCUGUGAAUACAAAGAAACAAAAACCCAAUGAAACAACACUUGCACGAAAUGUAUCUGCCUAGUGAUACAUGUGCAUGUGUUGUCGCAAUGUAAGUGUAUCUGUGGGUAGGGGAAAUCUUUCACAAGUGUCCAUUUAGGUACUCUGGCAGUUUUCUUUUUUGAGAUAUUCAUGUGCUCCAAUAGGAACUAAUCCUCUCUUCCUUCCAGCUUUGCAUUAUGGUUAUGCACCGCAUGAUAAGGGGUUUGAGUUCUGUUUCUAGGAACUUCUCAAAAUGUCCCAUGAGACUCCUUACAAGUCAGUCAUCGUGCCUGUUCACAACAGCCAGCAUUGGCUAGAUGAAUGCUUAAAAUCAGUUUGGGAGCAGGAUUUUAAACAAACCAUGGAGCUGUCAGUUUUUAAUGAUGCCAGUAAGGAUGGUUCAGCUGAAAUCAUCGCGAAAUGGAAGGUCAAGUUGGAAGAUGCUGGUAUUCCAGUAGUCGUUGGUAGUAAUGAUUCAGCUCAGCCUCGAGGAGUUGGAUUUGCUAAAAAUCAAGCAAUAAUGCAGAGCUCAGGAACCUAUCUCUGCUUUCUGGAUUCAGACGAUGUGAUGAUGCCACAGCGGGUUAGGCUGCAGUAUGAAGCUGCCAUUCAACACCCAAACAGUAUUAUUGGUUGCCAAGUCAGAAGAGAGCCACCAGAGUCUACUGAACGGUACACACGUUGGAUCAAUAGUCUGACUGAAGAGCAACUUCUUACACAGGUGUUCACCUCCCAUGGGCCUACUGUCAUCAUGCCAACCUGGUUCUGUUCUCGAGAAUGGUUUUAUCGCGUAGGAAAAUUUGAUGAGGGUGGAAAGGGUGUUCCAGAAGACUUGUUGUUUUUUUAUAAACAUCUCCAGAAGGGUGGUGAAGUCCUUCGAGUGAACCAUUGCCUUCUGCUGUACCGUUACCAUCCACAGGCUGCAACUCAUUCUGUCCUUGAGGAAACCAUCUGGAAUCACCGAGUCAAGUUUCUUGAGGAUAGAGUCCUGAGCUCCUGGACAUCAUUCACUAUUUGGAAUGCUGGCAAGCAAGGCAAGAAGCUCUACAGAAGUUUGUCACCAGCUAAUCGGGAAAAGGUAACUGCGUUUUGCGAUGUUGAUGAAAAGAAAAUAGCAAAAGGAUUCUACACUUAUGAAGAAUCUGAGGAGAGACCAAAACCAAAAAUUCCUAUAUGUCACUUCAGAGAAGCAACUCCACCUUUCAUUAUCUGUGUGAAGCAGCUGCUUACUUUCUGGGAGAACAUAAUGAAGCCAACAGCCAGCCAUUCAGAUGGGGCUGCCUCUACAAAAUGCAGGCAGGUCAUGUCCUUGCCCAUCUCACUUUGUGACUGAGACACGCAGGUACUGCUAACGUUGGUGCUAUAAGACCUGAUGGCAAAAACACCCCAGUGCAGAGGUGAAUGAAAGUCAGUGUGCAAGGAGUUGCAGCAGCGUUGUACCCUGGGAGAACGAGAGGGGCCAAAGGGACAAGAAAAUGAUGAGAAUAAACUUGCAUAAUAACGUAGUGGGAGCCCUCAGAGCUUGCCUCUGUGUAAGUUUUAAAUGUACCUGUUAAUAAUACAAACCUCACCGUACCCCUCUGUCAUUAUGCCAUAUUAUUGGUGUGAUAUUAUGAAGAUAAGGGAUCGGGUUAGAAGGACACAGACGUUUAUAAUGAAGAGCUGAAACCAAGUAUUUGCCUGUAGUGCUGAAUAUACUGUUAUUACCUGAGAAACCUCGGACACAGUGAGACAGACAGACAACGCAGGUAUCUGUACCAAAGUGCAGGACGUGUAAAAGCCAGGAGCAAAGGACUCGGAGGGUCUCGUCCAGCAGAGUUGUGAGUCGCACUCCCAAACCCAGCCUGCUGGACCCUCCUUUCUGCUACCGCUGGGUUUUGCAGCUGAUCCUCAGGAAGUUUUACAACCUCUCUUUCAGCCAUUGUCAUACUUGCUGGAUUUAAUUACUGUUAUGAGUCUCCGUGGAGGCAGUUGGAAUCUACAAAAUCCCAUUCUUAGUACUUGCGAGGUUGUGCCGGGAUUGAAAUGGCCACGCUUUUCAGUAGUAGUUUUGUCAUGGAAAGUAGUCUUCUACCAAAACAAAACAAGCUGAUAAAUGUCUGUGGUUUAAAAUAUUCAGGUAUCCUGUCUGCAGCAGCUUUCAAACUUCUGGGUCUGACCGCUAAAGGAAAUGGUUUCUAAAUGGGCUGAGAAGAGCAGAGUGUUGAACUUUCAUUCAUCUGCGCUGCUAUUGUGCGGGCCACAAAAUGCCGCGGGUUGGCCUUUGCUGUAUUUAUAGACGGAAUUUGCCUUGCUUUCUGUGCAGCCCACAUCUGAAGGAACAGCUAAAAGCAAACCUUCCCAGCUGCUUUGCUUUAUUCACCUCUCUCCAUUUCCCCUUCCAGUGCGUUUUUCAAACAAAGAAAUAUGGUAGGAUGCAUACGCAGAUAAAUGUUAAGACCGCAUCAAAUGAAAAAUGUUCUGUACUUUCUGAUAGCUGUUUCUGCCUCUCUGAUUCUAUUCACUUGCAUACAUCACAUGGAACUCUGCCGAAAAUGUUGAUGUUAGGAGCUAAGUCCCAAGGUGAGGUGAUAGACAUGACCACAACAAAACAAAGUUCUUCUGUCCAUAGGGUGCUGUGCGGGACCUACAAAAUCCGAGUGUUUGAGAGGUUACAAAGUGUCCGUGUUUUCAAACUAAGGGUGAGGAGGUUGACCCAGCUCUGUGUUUCAGGUCAUGCUGCUAACAUAGAAAGAUUCCCAGUGAGUGUAAGGACGUUUCUUGUGCAGCCAAACAAACGUGUGGAUGCAGCCCAUGCAGCCUGGCUGGAGUCCCCUGCUGGAACUGCUUCUGUGUGGUGUGGACUUGUUGAAGUUGAUGCAAGGCAGAGCUAGCUGCUGAGACCUUCCACUGAUUUACUUAAACAGAAGUCAUUAACAAGUUUGUAAACAUCCCAGACUUCCGAAUUUAUUAUUUACAAAUAUAGAUUAACCAACAUCCUUCUGAAGAAGUGUUCUGGGGCCUUGCUGUUUUUUGUUCUGCCUUUCAUGGUUGAGAAUUAUUUUUAGUAGUGAUACAGACAAAACCUGCAUGUUUAUAAGCAGCUCUAAGAGGGUGAUUUUGAAGAUUAGAUAUGUUUAUUAAGUGGUGGUCUGCAGGAGUUGACCCUGAUGGCUGUGUACUUCAAGCACUGUUUGCUUAUUUAUUUUCUCUGGCAGCUCCUCCCUAGCGCAGUAUGACUGUGUUACCAUGUAAAAUCAUCUUUGAAAAAGCAGUCACACUAUUUGAUUUUUGUUGGGUUUGCUUUUAAAACUGCUUCACAAAGGGCUGCAGCUGAAAUCCUGUGUGUGUGCAUCAUGGCUUCAGCUCAUCACAGUUGUGCACCAGCCUGCAGUACCACUUCACCUAAGGGUCUGCACUGUGUAUUUUCUCUUGCUUUGAGGUGAAAGCAAAAUGCUUAGAAAUCACUUACUGUACCCUGUUUUGGCAUGGCUUCCAAGUGCUUGAAAUGAAAGGGAUUUUCUACUAUUCUGCCUCAGUAAUUAAACUAGUUCAAUUGUGUGAAGUAUUCAGGAAAUUUACUGUUGACCAGUUAUUGUGAAACACUGCCUUGUUCUGUCACCUCAGUCUUGCGGUCUGGGAAUGAAAGGUUUGUUUUUAACUCUUCUGCUUAAUUUAGCAUCUGGGCUCUUUUAUUUUCAUUUUUAACCCUUCUUCAGAGCAGGUUGAUUUUUUUUUUUUUUUUUUUUUUUUUUUUUUUU